GGUUUCUCAUCAUCUAACUCUCUUUCCCUCCUCCACUCCCAAGCUUCCCUCAUCCUCCACAAAUCUCUCUCUCUCUCUCUCUCUCUCUCUCCAUGAAUUGCUGAAUUGCACUGUCUCCAUAAACCCUACAAGUAAACCAAUUCAGCAAUCCAUGGCGAAAACUCUAAUUUCGUCUCCGUCAUUCAUCGGCACGCCUCUGCCCUCCCUCACUCGCCAUGGCUUUCACAUCCUCCCACGACGCAGACUCAUCGCAACCAGAGUCAAAUUCAGCUUAAAUGAGCUUCCUCCUAUUCACUCCAUCGGAAAUUCGAUCGAUUUCAGCGCAAUUGUUAGCCGAGCGGAGGGAGUUCUCUAUACGCUCGCUGAUGCUGCCGUGGCAGUUGAUUCGGCUUCAGGCGGUGCUGCCUCGGGCUCUACCGAUACCGCUGUACAGAAAAACGGAGGAUGGUUUGGUUUUAUCUCGGAUUCCAUGGAAGUUGUGUUGAAGGUACUGAAGGAUGGACUCGCUGCUGUGCAUGUGCCUUAUGCCUAUGGAUUUGCAAUUAUCCUGCUUACUGUUAUAGUUAAAAUUGUCACGCUUCCUUUGACAAAGCAACAGGUUGAAUCAACACUGGCAAUGCAAAACCUUCAACCGAAGCUCAAAGCAAUUCAACAAAGAUAUGCUGGAAAUCAGGAAAGAAUACAACUUGAGACAUCACGUCUAUACAAGCAGGCAGGGGUUAAUCCUUUGGCAGGCUGUUUCCCGACUUUGGCAACAAUUCCGGUCUGGAUAGGUUUAUAUCAAGCUCUGUCAAAUGUGGCAAAUGAGGGGCUGCUGACAGAAGGUUUCUUUUGGAUUCCCUCUUUGGGAGGCCCAACUACAAUUGCUGCUCGGCAAAGCGGAUCUGGAAUUUCUUGGCUUUUUCCAUUUGUGGAUGGCCAUCCACCAUUGGGUUGGCAUGACACCGCAGCAUACCUUGUUUUACCAGUCCUACUUGUUGUUUCUCAGUAUGUUUCGAUGGAGAUCAUGAAGCCUCCCCAAACCGAUGACCCGGCACAAAAGAACACACUUCUUGUUUUCAAGUUUCUUCCAAUCAUGAUUGGUUACUUCUCGUUGUCUGUCCCGUCGGGUUUAUCAAUAUACUGGUUUACGAACAACGUGCUCAGCACUGCGCAGCAGGUAUGGUUACGCAAACUUGGUGGUGCCAAGCCUAUUGUGAGUGAGAAUGCAAGUGGCAUCAUCAGUGCAGGUCGUGCAAAACGAUCAUCUUCUCAGCCAGAACGAACUGGAGAUAGGUUUAGACAGUUGAAAGAAGAAGAGAAGAAGAAGAAUAAAGAGACUAAGGCACUGCCUGCAGAACAGGUUCAGACUUUGGCUUCUGCGUCUGAUUCUACAGAAGACACAGAUGAAGAGACUCAGUCAAAGGACAAGGAGGUUCUGGAGGAGGCAUACGCUUCAAGAAGUAGGAAACCAGUUUCAGAUUAUUCUGGCCCAAGGAAGUCUAAGCGCUCAAAGAGGAAGCGUGCGGUAUGAAAUUAUAUACUUAUGUUGGUAGUGUCUGCUGAAUGCUGUAUAUUUAACAACUUGUAUCUUAUUUUCAAUAAAUAGUGGCCAUUUUCAUGUCGGCUCAUUCAAGGUCUAUAUAUCGUGAAAAUCAAUUGUCUAUUAGGUUGGAAAGAGCCACACACAACCUAACUCAAUUUAACUGAACAAAAACCUCUUUCCAAGCCACAUUUG